UUAAACACUGAUGGUGAACCAGAAGGUUUCACAAUAAAAGUCCUUAAACACUGAUGGUGAACCAGAAGGUUUCACAUUAAAAGUCCUUAAACACUGAUGGUGAACCAGAAGGUUUCACAAUAAAAGUAUUUAAACACUGAUGGUGAACCAGAAGGUUUCACAAUAAAAGUCCUUAAACACUGAUGGUGAACCAGAAGGUUUCACAUUAAAAGUCCUUAAACACUGAUGGUGAACCAGAAGGUUUCACAAUACAAGUCCUUAAAUCACAGAACACUGAGAAUCUUCAUGUUUGAGGUUUUCUUCAGUCUCACAUUAAUCCAGAGAUCUUUAUAUUUAUGAGUUCACUGUAAACAGCAGCUGAUAAUAAAUACUUCUGCAUACUUUACCUGCAGAAUAUCUGAUUAAAUGUAAACAAAUAUAGGCUGAAUAAAACAAUUGUUGUGCUGCAGCUGUAGUGGUGUUUAAAUAUGAUAUUUAAUGUUUUAUUUUGUGUUUCAGACUUCAGUAACGUGAUCAGUAAGAGUGAGAUCAAAGCUCUGGCUGAGGCUGAUGAACAGGAAGUGGUGGCUGAGGUCCAGGAGUUUUAUGGAGACUUCAUUGCUGUGAAUCCUCACCUGUUCUCCCUCAACCUGCAGGGAGUCGCCAGGGGGCGGAGCUGGGAGCCCUCCAUGUUGUCCCGGUGUACUCAGGGUCUGACCUCCGUCCUACUCGCUCUGAAGAAAUGUCCGAUGAUCCGAUACCAGCUGUCCUCAGACAUGUCCAAACGCCUCGCUGAGAGCGUCAAGCAAAUCAUCACGAAGGAGUACGAGCUGUUUGACUUCAGGAAGACAGAAGUUCCUCCUCUGCUGCUGAUCCUGGACCGCAGCGACGACGCCAUCACGCCGCUGCUCAACCAGUGGACCUACCAGGCGAUGGUCCACGAGCUGCUCGGUCUCAACAACAACAGGAUCGACCUCUCCAGGGUUCCGGGGAUCAGCAAAGACCUGAAGGAGGUGGUUCUAUCUGCGGAGAACGAUGAGUUCUAUGCCAACAACUUGUACCUGAACUUUGGAGAAAUCGGCACCAACAUUAAAAACCUGAUGGAAGAUUUCCAGAAGAAGAAACCGAAAGAACAACAGAAGCUGGAGUCCAUCACUGAUAUGAAGGCCUUUGUAGAUAACUACCCCCAGUUUAAGAAGAUGUCCGGCACCGUGUCCAAACAUGUGACGGUGGUGGGGGAGCUGUCCCGGCUGGUGUCUGAGCGUCAGCUGAUGGAGGUGUCGGAGGUGGAGCAGGAGCUGUCCUGUCAGAACGACCACUCCAACGCCCAGCAGAGUGUUCGCCGGCUGCUGCAGAACCCUCGUCUGUCGGAGUUGGACGCCGUGCGCCUCGUGAUGCUCUACGCUCUGAGAUACGAGCGCCACAGCAGCAGCGUCCUGCCGGCUCUGAUGGACGAGUUGAGUCGGAGAGGCGUGUCCGAGCGGCACCGCAGGUUGGUGAAGUCGGUGGUGGAGUACGGCGGGAAGAGAGUCAGAGGAAGUGACCUCGUCACGCCGACAGACGCCGUCGCCAUCACCAAACAGUUCUUCAAAGGCCUCAAGGGUGUGGAGAACGUAUACACUCAGCAUCAGCCUCUGAUUCAUGACACUCUGGAUCAGCUGAUCAAAGGUAGACUGAAGGACAGUCAGUUCCCUUAUCUGGGGGCCAGCAGCCUGAGAGACAGGCCUCAGGACAUCAUGGUGUUUCUGAUUGGUGGAGCCACGUAUGAAGAAGCUCUGACCGUCUACAACCUGAACCGCAGCACACCUGGAGUCCGCAUCGUCCUGGGAGGAAGCAGCAUCCACAACACCAAGAGCUUCCUGGAGGAAGUGAUGUCGACGGCGAGUCACAGCGCCGACAGAGCGCAAGGAAGCGGUCGCCCUGGCAACCGGCGCUGAUCAACAAACCAAACGGUCGCCAGAGACGAAAAACAACAACAUUCCUUCUUCUUCUGUGUUUGUGUUGAAACCUCCUUCAGUCAGAGGUUCUGUGCUUCAUGUUAAACUGACUGAAUGUGAAUGUUCAAAUAAAAGAUAUGUGUUCAUCA